AUGAGCUCCAGCCUCGUCAACUCUUUGGCCAAAGUUUAUGAUCCCAAUCCUCUCCACGGUCAGAAGACGGUUGGAAGGAAGCUCUCGAUGAAUGGAUCGGAAAAGUCUCAGUCUGCUGCUGCCGCAGCGGCGGCGGCCUCCUCAUCGUCGUCCUCUUCCUUUCCCGUCGACGCUGCCCUGCGGAGCGUGGAGAGCCGGAUGGACUCCCUGAGCUCUCAGAUGGAGCGCCUCCUCAGCAUGCAGCACACCGUCCUGACCCGGCUGGACGGCCUCUCCCAGGACGUGACGGGCAUGGGCCGGGACCUGGCCUCCCUGCGCGAGGAGGGCCAGAGCAGGAGGCGCAGCUCGGGGAUGGAGGCGGCGUGCAGGGAGCUGCGCGGGGCCGUGGAGAGGGCGGGCGAGCGCCUGGACAGCCAGGGCCGAAGGCUGGAGGGGGUGGAGAGGCUGGUGGAGGGCACCCAGCAGGUCAUCAGCUUCAUCGGGGAGGUGGUGAAGAGCUCCAGGCUGGUGGAGCUCCUGUUCAGACAGCCCUCGAGCAAAGUCAACAAGAAGGCAAAGGAUGACAAGGACAAAUCCAAGCUGAGCCUGAAGGGCCUGAAAACCCAGAAGAAGAGGAAACCUCAGGACACAUCAGACGUCUCCUCACCCAGUGAGCCAGCGCUGCAGGAACAGGUGGAAAAACUCAACCGGCAGAACACCGAGCACUCCUACGCCAACGCCGAGGCCGACGGCCAGAGGAGGGAGGAGCCGGGGAGCCAGGCGCACCUGAUCCUGGACGGACCGCACGCCUCCGCCUCCGCCUCCGCCGCCGCCGCCGCCCCGUCACACGACAGGAAGGAGGAGGCCAAGGAAAGGUCGGACGAGGAAGACGAGCGGGAUGUGUUCCAGGACUCAGAGACUGAGGAGGAGGAGCGCAAAGAAGAGGAAGAAGAGGAGGGCGGAAAAGCAGAGGAUGAUGAGAAGAAAAGACAUAAAGGAAAAGCAGGGGAGGCAUCAACGGAUGUGUGCAAGACAUCUCUUCUGCCGCAGGAAAGCUCUGAGGAGGUGGGCGACGUUGCCACCUGCAGCAAACGUCGAGUCACGGAGGAGGACCUGGUGAAGGACGACCUGAAGAAGAGCCGGGUGGAGGACAGCGAGGUGAAACAAGCUGAGGAGGUGCAGCAGGAGGAGGCCGGGACGCAGGCCUCCAAACCUGAAGACGCAAAGACAGACGCUGAGGAGGAGGCGAAGGAGGCAGAAUCUACAAUGACCGAGUUCGUUAUCGAUUCAAGUCCUCCACCGCUGGCGCCUUUCGACCACCGCAUCGUGACCCCCAAACCUCACCAGAUAGCCACCUACUACACCAUCAACAGGGACGAGGUCCUGGGAGGAGGACGUUUUGGACAGGUCCACAAGUGCAUGGAGAACUCGUCUGGUCUGACGUUGGCUGCCAAGAUCAUCAAAGCCCGCAGCCAGAAGGAGAAGGAGGUGGUGAGGAAUGAAAUCCAGGUGAUGAACCAGCUGAAUCACGCCAACCUCAUCCAGCUGUACGCCGCCUUCGAGUCUCGCCACGACAUCAUCCUGGUCAUGGAAUACGUGGAAGGAGGAGAGCUGUUCGACCGCAUCAUCGACGAGAACUACAACCUGACGGAGCUGGACACGGUGCUGUUCAUACGUCAGAUCUGCGAGGGGCUGCAGUACAUGCACAAGAUGUACAUCCUGCAUCUCGACCUCAAGCCAGAGAACAUUCUGUGUGUGAGCAGAGCCACCAACAAGAUCAAAAUCAUUGACUUUGGCCUUGCCAGGAGGUACAAACCCAGAGAGAAGCUGAGGGUCAACUUUGGAACGCCUGAGUUUUUAGCUCCAGAAGUCAUAAACUACGAGUUUGUUUCAUUCCCCACAGACAUGUGGAGUCUGGGCGUCAUCACCUACAUGCUGCUCAGCGGCUUGUCUCCGUUUCUGGGGGACGACGACAACGAGACGCUGAACAACAUUCUGGCCUGCCAGUGGAACUUUGAGGAGGAGGAGUUCACGGACAUCUCGGACGAGGCCAAGGACUUCAUCACGCGCCUGCUGGUGAAGAGCAAGAGCUGGAGGAUGAGCGCGGCGGAGUCGCUCAGGCACCCCUGGCUGUCAGACCGGAGUCUGCACUACCGGUUAAAUCUGAAGAAAAACAAGUGCCACUCCACACAUGCUCCCCCACCAGAGAGCUAGACAGAAAACACUGUGAUGCCCUCAGCAUGCCUUUUGACAAUGUAGGGCCUCGGAGCCCAACACUGGACCAAUGCUGCUGUACCUGUAUCGCCGCCGGAUGACGACCCUCCGCCUCGCAUCCUCCUCGCGUCCGCUUCGUGCCACGGCUUGUAGCUCCGAGAUGAA